AUGCGGCUACUUGACUUACCACCAGAGAUCUUCCAGCGUAUUACGCACAUCUUAGUCAAGAAACACGGCAUUGCUGAAGCUUGGAAGGUUCGAGGAACAAGCAAAGCUUUUCAAACCUACAUCACCUACGAAGUCCUUGCUACCCCGUCUCUCUAUGCAUACAACAAGACACGUGCCGGACGCGAGAUCCUUCAGCACAAACUCGCCGACUUCCUCUACACGCGUAGCACAAAGCUGAACGGCUUUGUGCGCACCCAUGUCCCUGGGUUCAUACGCGAUGUCAUCUUGAUAAAGGAGUCUUGGAUUACUGGCGAUGAGGCAGUCUCCAAACUACGGAGGCUUCUAUGCGAACUCUUUGCCUGCAAUUGCGACGGCGCGCUGACGUUCGUUUUAACCCAAACAAACAAGCUAAACCACCACCAGAUAGAGGCACUAUCAGUGAGCAGCACAGUCAACUUGGUUGCUAUGGCUGCUGAUCUAGGCGAUCUUUAUCUCUUGAGAACCGAGGCUGCGAAGGAUAGAGACUCACUGUGGCAGGAGUCGCCAGCCUUUGGAUAUCCGCUGGAUGUCGCCGUUUAUGCAGGGCACUUUGGUGUUGCUAAAGCGAUCGCGCAACAAGCCGUCACCAACCAGAACGAGGACGUCGUCGAUCUCCAUCACCGUUACGGGUAA